AUGAGAAGAACUCUCCGCCUUCUCAAAGAUGCUCACCCCAUCAACGCAGUCCUCGACAAUGCUAGGGCGCUUGAAAGGCUUCCUCACAGGACGCUUGGCAAGCGCCAUACUCUCCUACAUAUGACUAUGCGAGAGCGGCAAAGAACCCGUGCACAAAUUGUGAUCCCACGUCCUCUGCAAGAAUUCGUAAACCUCGUGAAAACAGUCCCAGCAGUUGAAGGGAAAAUGGAAAAAGAAAUCAUUGAAGCCAUGAAGGCACAUCUAUCACCUGAAGAAAUCCAAGAAGUGGAGGACGCUUAUAAAAUGAGAAGCCUUAUCACACAGUCCGAAAUCCACCAUCCCCAGAAAGUCCCCAAAGUCCCUGAGCCUGAUAGAGCUGCCCCUCCCAUUGACCCUGACUUAUUUAUCAAGGAUUUGUCUAACAUCACAGUUGACCAAAUAGGAAAAUUUUUCCAAAUAAACAAAGAGCAAGCCAUAAAGUACUUCACUUCAGGAUAUUUUGGGAACUUUUUCAGGGAUACCUAUGCAAGGAGCGCAUCAUUUGAUAUACAGAUGAGGGAAGAAACCUACCACAUAAUCCAACUGAUGAAGGCAUCGCAGAAUGUCAAUCCUUGCAAGAUAUUUGCAGAGCCGCAAAGUUAUGAAGGGUUAAAUGGGCUCAACCAUUGCCAGCAGUAUAACUGGCUGAUGCAGAAUGACUUGAAUACGUAUUUAAAGAUUUUUAGGAAAGUGGGAUAUUAUUUAAAUGAAGUUAUUGAUGAGACAAAAAACACAAAAGUUAUGAUUAAAUUUUAUAAGGCAAUAAGCGGAAUCACCACUAUCAGGACUACUUUUGCUCCAAGAAAGGUAUACACCAGAGUGCAAAUGAACCAAAAUUCCAACAUCUUGAAUUUUCUGGCAAGACUUACUAACAUAAGGAUUAGCUUCCUAGGUUAGAGCCACCCGCUGAAGGGUACCCUGAUCGUCCUGAUAGUUGUUGUGAAAUAUUUAUUCCGUGAAGGAAGACAGGACUAGACCAUCUGGCAGGGACGGGAAAACCUUCAGGGCUAAACAAAGCUUCCCUCUUUUUGCAAAGCUUCCCCAAACCUGAAGGACUACUUCAAAAAGGCACAGAGGCCCGCACCUUAUACCAAUUUCUGUCAACGCCACCAUUUUCAUUCUACACAAAAGUUAGGAACGUAAUGAAACAUAGUCCAGAAUUCUUCCACCAGCUAAAUUUCAUAGUGAUGCAUGAGCUGAGAAAUCAAGAAAUCCAUGACAGUGUCUUUGAAAAUGCACAAUUAUUAACUGAAAAUCCUUUCGAUUCAAUUGAUACAAGCUUCGCGAACUCAAAAAUCAAAGAGCUCUUAAAUGGGAUUCUCGAAGAUGUCUCCGCAAAAAUCACAGACGAGGACAGCCUUCACCAAUUGUUUUUCGCUGAUUAUUUCCGCCAUGUAUCGAAAACCUUAGAUUUUGAGCACAAUGGUCGCAAAUUUUCCCUAAGUUUAGAAGACUACGCUGACAAAAACAAGAGACCACAAAUGCCAAAAGAAAUAUUAGAUGUAAUAAUCGAGCCUCAGAGACUUUCUAUUGGGUCCUUGCUAACUGGAAUGAAAGGCAACGGAAAAUCCCAAGUCCUUGCAGGCGCUGCAUAUUGGGCUGCUAAUGAUCCCAACUGGAUUGUGGUAAAAGUGCCUAGAGGAGACUUGACACGCAACCGUACAAGGAUAAAAUGGGAUGCCUCAGGACUCUAUAUCCUCCCAGAAGUUGCUUAUGACUAUAUGCUUGACAUCAUGAACACCAAUAAAGAGAAACUCCAAACGCUGAAAAUUAAGAAAGAAUUAUAUGGGAAAUAUAACAUUGCUGGGCUCCAUGACGAAUAUGACGCCAAUUAUAGGCCGACAACGCCUUACCAUGAGUUUAUUAGAGAUCUUCAAUGCUACACUGAUGAUUGGAAAAAAGAAUACCCACAAGAAACCAUUGACUACUGGAUGGAAGGAGUUAGAGAAAUUAGGAUGGAGAAAAGGACCACGAUGAUUGAAUACGAAAUUAAUUAUUUUGGAAAAAGGAAGUUCCCUGAUUCGUGGAUACAGAGAUGGAACAAUCCGAACUACCAUGAUAACAUCUCACUCGACACGAUUUUGCCUAUCAAUUGUCCAAAGAGAAAGCCCAAGAAAAGAAUGCUGCCAAAAGCCCCAGCAGAUAACAAUCAGUUUACAUAUAAUCCAAAGCCAGUGUACUCACAAAAUCUGAAUAUCAAAGAAGCCAAGAAAAAAAUCGAUUACAAUAAAGAGCAAUCAUCUGAUGAAGAAAUCGAAGAAAAAUACAUUGAGGAGCUUCAGCCAGUAGCCACUCGCAUCUCAGAAAAAAUCCCUAACCCAGAUAAUGUUUUCCAGCUUAUCGAAUUUGCCUUGAAUAAUCCAAUUUAUUGCACCAAUGUGGUUUGUGAAAUUUUGGAGCAGCUUUAUCAUACUGAUGACCAUAAUGUACUCGUGGUUGUUGAUAGCUAUAACGAUUUCUUCAGGCCGACUGAGUUCCCUAGUGUCAAAUACGUAAACUACAAGAAAAUGAAAAGCUCCAUUCCUUCGCAUGAUAUUUCUUUAGCAAGAGCCUUUAUGAGGUUUGAUGGCCACAGGAUUAAAAAUGGGAUUAAAGUAGUUGGGACUACAGAGUUUACCCGUCCUAGAGAAAAGAAUAUUUGCACUUCGAAAACCUUAAACAUCGACCCAAGUUUCGAAGUGAAGGUGGACUAUUUAGCAUUGAAUGAUUUUAGGAAGGCUGUGCACCAUUAUAGAUUGACAAAAUGGACUUUCCAACAUUUUGAUGAAGGAGAAAUCGAAGAUAUUUAUAUGAUGUCGCAAGGAAACUGGCUUAUGGCGCAUGACUCAUUAGAAUUUUAUAAUUAUCAGCUUUAUUAA